GACACAGAAAGAUCGAGUGCCCUGUCAACAGAUCGCUACCAUGUGGUUUCCUGCUUUAAACAGGGACUUUGUUUAACCAAGGUGGAGAUAGCAACUUCCUGAAGUCUGGUAGCAGAUCUUGUAUGAAACCACUCUAACAGCAUGAUUGGAUGUUCUGUUAAAUCUAUCCAGAACUAUACUAUUAUAUCACAUGUAAAUAUUUCGUAUUUGAGAUAUUAUUUCUCAUAUUAAAAUGUCAGUGUUUGAAUGUUGACACACCCAAUAACCACAGACUGUAAUUCAUCUGUAAAUACUCACGAGGUGGUGUUCAGGCUCGCAUUGCCAGUGGUUACUAACACUGUACAGACAUGCGAGGAGGAGGCAGUUACUCCCAACAUGUAGAUGUUAAUGUCAUUUAAGAGAAUAGAGCCAUGUCAUAAUAAUGUUAUUUCUUUCCCCUUGUCCACUAGUGUCCACUGGAGCCUAUAAGAGAAACUUUGCACUGGAAUGAGGCUAGAAUGGAAAUCCUGAUGUUGCUCAUCCUGAUUGUUGCUUAAAGAGGCGAAGGCAUGGCCCUGCAGAUAUCUCCGUUUCCUAAUGGGUUUGUUGCAUGCAUCCAUGCUGUGGGAUGGGCAUUAGUCCUGCCUUGCUUCUGGUUUCUUGAUCGCAUCAUUGCUUUGUGCAAGUCCACCACCCCGGAACGAAGCCAGCGGCUAGAACAGGGAUGCUACCUCCACCCCCUCAAGGUCUUCUUUGGCUUCAUUAUCUUCUUCAUUCUUUUUCUGGCAACAGCCCCUUUAGGUCUCCUUGGAUUUAUUAUUUGGGCACCUCUUCAGGCUUGCCGCAGGCCCUUUUCCUACCACAGAGAGACGCUGUCCUCACCAGAGAACGAGAUCCACAAGGGCUUUGAGCUGGUAGGAAAGGCAUCGUUCGGAUUUGCCACAGCCAACCUGUGUCUGUUGCCUGACAGCCUUGCUCGUUUCAACAACCUGGGGCACACUCAGCGCAGGGCGACUGUCAUCGGUCAGCACAUUGUGCAGGGAGUCUGUCGACCCAAUAUCCGCAUCUUUGUAGACUCCCCCAGCAGCUGUGGCACUCUCAGCCCCUCCUACAGCAUUCUUCCCUCCGCUAACUCUUCAUAUGGGGCCACUGAUAAACAUGCCCAGACCGUAGUGAGUCAUCAUUCCGAUUCAGCUGAGGUGAAUUUUUCAAUUCCAAAGUCCACCAGUGACGUUGUCUGUGUGCCCUGUGAUGAUACCGAAGAGCCCCCAACCGACUCCCCUUCUCCCCGUUUAAAUACCAAUCACAACUCCAACCAGCAGGGUGGGGCAGGUCACCGGAGUGCUCCUCGAGCUUUGCUCUCCCAGGGUCUCCGCCAACAGGACGGCGUACCCUGGGAAGUGUCCUCAUUGUUUCCAGCCAAUGUGGACAUACUGUGUUUAGAAGAGGUGUUUGAUAAGCGGGCGGCCCAGAAGCUCACCCAAGCACUGAGACCCGUGUACGGACACAUACUGUACGACGUUGGCGUGUAUGCCUGCCAGCCCCCGUGCAGGUGUUCCUCUUUCAAGUUCUUCAACAGUGGCUUGUUUUUAGCCAGCCGGUUCCCUGUGCUCGACGCCCAGUACCAGUGCUUUCCCAACAGCCGUGGGGAAGACGCACUAGCUGCCAAGGGCCUCCUCUCUGCUAAGGUGCUAAUCGGCCAGAAUCAGAAACAGAAGAAAGUGGUUGGCUAUUUUAACUGCACACAUCUCCAUGCACCAGAGGGGGAUGGGGAAAUUCGCUGUGAGCAGUUAAACCUGGUUACCAAGUGGAUUGGGGAUUUUCAAGUGGCUACCAAACUCCCCGAUGAGGACGUCGCUUUUGAUGUGCUGUGUGGAGAUUUCAACUUCGAUAACUGCUCACCUGAUGACACUCUGGAACAAAAUCACCGUCUGUUUGAGGAAUAUAGAGACCCUUGCAGGGCAGGGCCUGGAAAAGAGAAGCCCUGGGUCAUUGGUACUUUGCUGGAGCAGCCAACGCUGUAUGAAGAGGACAUAAACACCCCAGAAAAACUACAGAGAACUUUGGAGAGUGAGGAUCUGAGAAAGCGCUACGUCUCCCCUCCUGUUCCUGUACACGACACCCCCUUGGUUUACCCCGAGACUGGUCAGCCAUGGAUCGGACGUCGGAUCGACUACAUCUUAUACCGCGAAAACUCCAUUUCAAAGCAUUGCCGAACCGAAAUUGAAGAAGUUACCUUCAUAACUCAGCUGGCCGGCCUAACGGACCAUAUUCCUGUGGGCUUAAGACUGAAUGUUAUUAUGGACUCUUCUGCAUGAAGGCCAGAGGCAGCAUUGUGCACAAAGGGAACAAAAUAUACAUUAUGGGUAUGAUCUGUAUUAUCAUGGUAAUGCUUUGUCAACAUACUUGAAUUUGUGUUUUUAUGACAAUAUGCUGACCAGUUAACUUUAGCCUCAGGUCAAAUUUAUAUGCAUUUAUUAAAAUUAUACGUUUACAAUUUUAUAUAUAAUGCCCAGCUAUGAGCUGAGGUAUUGAUUUUAUAUAAGAACAUAUUUCUAAGGAUUUUUCACACUGAUAUUUUUCCUACA